UCCAAGACCGUCAAAAUCCAACUGUAGAUUCUCUCGCCUCCCUCUUCGCCUCUCUGUCCGCAACCUCUCUAUUUCUCUCUCUCUCUCUGUUCAUUUCUUUUACACGAAUAACGCAUUCUGAGCUGUACGGAAACCGUCAUCUCCGUAACCAAAGAUCUCGAAACCUCUCUCGUACUGCUCCAUCGAUCAGUGAACUCGGGGGGUUGAAAUGGCGGGUCGACUCAAAGACGACGAGAGGAAUGAGCGGGCGAUACGAGGUUUGCUUAAGCUGCCUGAGAACCGGAGGUGCAUCAACUGUAAUAGCUUGGGGCCUCAAUAUGUGUGCAUUAAUUUUUGGACAUUUGUUUGCACAACCUGCAGUGGGAUACAUCGGGAGUUUACACACAGAGUGAAGUCAAUAUCCAUGGCUAAGUUUACUUCACAAGAAGUUAGUGCUUUACAAGGAGGUGGAAAUGCGAGUGCAAAGGAAAUUUAUCUAAAAGAAUGGGAUCCACAGAAUAAUUCUUUCCCUGAUGGCAGUAAUGUAGAGAGGCUUCGUAAUUUUAUUAAGCAUGUUUAUGUGGAUAGAAGAUAUAGUGGUGAGAGGAGAUCUGAGAAGCCCCCAAGAGGAAAGAGUGAAACUGAGGACCUAAAUGAAAACAGGAGGGUGGACACUUACAGGGGUGGCUCUAGAAGCCCACCUUAUGAAGAUCGCUAUAAUGACAAACCUAUUCCUGGUGGAAGAAGUCCUGGAUAUGAUCAAGAGAAUCAGCGUUACAAUGAUUACAAGAGAAGUCCUGCCCGUGCUGAAGUAAUCAAUGACUGGCGACGGGAGGAUAGAUUUGGGAAUGGAAGGAGAUCUGAGGAAUACCAAAGUUCUGAUGGGAGUUCUACAUUUGAAAGCAAGUCACCUGAUCGUCAAAGAGAUUUGAACUCAUCCAGUCCUCCAAUGGUUCGGCCUGUCCGAGAUAUUCUAGGAGAGAAUGUUGCUCCCCUUCCAGUCAUUGAACCACCAAAAGAAAAUGGUGGAAGGUCUACUAAUGUUUCUGUACAGACUCAGAGGACUGCAUCCUCCAGUAGCUUGGCAUCCUCCAAUGGCAACCCUACUGAAAUUAAGACAGAAAUGUCAUUAAUUGAUUUUGAUGCCGUUCCUGAACCUGUAUCGACUGCUGCAGCACCCCAAACACAACAAUCAACAACAGCCACAGUUUCACUGCCGAUAUUAUCUGGCGCUGACAACUGGGCAAAUUUUGACUCACUGCAGAUGAGAGUAUCUCCCUCAAACACCAAUCCGCUAGAUGUUCUUUCAGACUUGGUGACUCCUGCACCCAUCUCUAGUCAUUUGGGAGGGACUCCAUCCUUUGGUAGUAUUGCGCCUGUAGCUGCAGCUCUGGGCAACUCAACAGCAUUUUCCCCUGAUGGCACUCCAGCUCCAGCUACUGGACCAACAUCACAUGCUGGAGGGCAAUGGUCAAACAUGCAACCUCAGCAUCCUGAUCUUUUCCAACCUACAGUUGGGCCAGUUGGCCAAUCUAUUCUUCAUCAUUCAGCUCCAGUUGCUGGUGGGCCUUCAAGCAAUCAGCCUUGGAAUCCUUUGGCUGCCUCGAGUACACAAGGGCUUCAGAAUGCAGCCACUACUCAAGUUCCUCAGACUGUAACAACUGCUUUUGAACCCACUCCUGGAGUUGCAGGAAUCUCCUCUUCUGUGGAAGUUAAAUCUACUGAAAGAACAGCACUUCCUGAGGAUCUGUUCUCUGCAACUUACUUACCCACACAUGCACCAAUUCCAGGCUGGUAUGCUGCUCCACCUCACGGAACAGGACUAACCAUGCAAUACAACAUCCCAGCGCCUACUACUUUUGCACCACCAAUAAAGUCGUCAAAUCCUUUUGACACCCCUGAUGAUUUGUCUCCUUUGCAGGCUUCAACGUUUCCAUCAAUGGCAUCAGUACAAGGUGCAUUACCAAACAUUGAAGUUUCAACAGGCUUGCAGCAGCCAUCCAGCCUUGGGACAGUGGCACCUCAUCCAUUUGCAAUGCCUCAACAAGCACCAUCUUAUGCACUCCCUUCAAACUCGUAUAUGGGGCAACAAGUAGCGGGUAGCAUGCCACAAAAACCACAUGGCCUAGCAGGGUUUGGCCUUGAUGGGGCUGCUUUUGGAGCUAUAAGCACAAAUCUGCAGCUGGGUGGAUUAGAUUCAGCACCAACUGCUCAGAAUACCUUCUCUUAUGCUGGUUGAAGAAACUCGUUUCAGGUGAAUUUAGCAGUAGCAUCAUCUUGUUGCUUGCCAUGGGAGCUAUUUGGGUGACUCUUAAUAUAGAGUAUAGUUAUUAUACAAUUGGGCCAUUCUUGAGCAUGAUCGCAUUUCCAACCGCCAUGCUCUAUCUUUGUCUCAUCAGCAAUGUUGUCAGAGAGGCAGCUACGAUUAGCUACCAGGAGUAUGUGAUUUUAGAAGUCAUUUUUCAUCGUAGAGUUUUUCCCACCAUGCCUAAGAUGUGUAGUAUCAUUUCGUUUGAUGAUUGGUAAUUUCGCAUUGAUUUAUUCUCUUUGUUUCUAUAGUAGUGAGUCUCUGUGAGUGACCAAAUUGUAUGAGAGGAACUGGUCUAUUGACUACAGCUCGUACUUGCUACUUUCUAGUACUAAGGAAAUAAUGAGAUUCACAUUCUUUUGUUCUA